AUGUCUGCACAUGUCCGCCGAGGCAACGCUCGCCUUCCACCUGAGGUGAAUCGUGUGUUGUACGUGCGUAAUCUUCCAUUUAAGAUCUCGUCCGAAGAAUUGUACGACAUUUUUGGCAAGUAUGGGGCCAUCCGACAGAUUCGGUUAGGUGUUAAUAAUGACACUAGGGGUACAGCUUUUGUCGUCUACGAAGAUAUUUACGAUGCCAAGAAUGCAGUAGAUCAUUUAUCGGGCUUUAAUGUCUGUGGUCGAUACCUCAUUGUGCUUUACUAUCAAGCCAACAAAAUGCAGCAGCGCAAAACGGCGGUGGACAUUAAUAAACAAAAGCAAGAGCUACAGGAUCUUAAAGAUAAAUACGGCGUUGAGUAA